UCAGUGUUUACUAGGGUGUUUACUUAUCUAUCAGUUUAAGGCGGUACAGUGGUAGUUCGGUAGUUUUUUUUUUAAAGGAUGUUAUGUAAUACCCUACUGGUGUAUGUGAAGUGGGGACAGAAAGUUUUACCCUUACCAUCCCAUGAGGCGGAGUUGGCUAAUCUAUUCUUGGCAAGUCGUGUUCUGAUUGUGCCGCAGAAAGGACCAAAGCACAGUCCGUCUUCGGCCCGCGUACGCUACAGCGAUUUCCUUUUUAUUCCGGCUAAGUGAGAAAACACAAACACAACCAAAAUGGACGCGAUCAAAAAGAAAAUGCAAGCGAUGAAGCUGGAAAAGGAGAACGCAAUGGACCGCGCUCUCAACUGCGAACAGGAAGCUAAGGAUGCCAACCUGCGCGCUGAGAAGGCCGAGGAAGAGGCCCGUUCUCUGCAAAAGAAGAUCCAAUCAAUUGAGAACGAUCUUGACCAAACUCAGGAGUCAUUGAUGCAAGUCAAUGGAAAACUCGAAGAGAAAGACAAGGCUCUCCAAAAUGCCGAAUCUGAAGUCGCUGCCUUGAACCGACGCAUUCAACUCUUGGAAGAAGAUUUGGAACGUUCAGAAGAACGUCUUGCCACCGCCACCGCUAAAUUGGCUGAAGCCUCACAGGCUGCUGAUGAAUCAGAACGCGCCCGUAAGGUGCUUGAGAACCGUUCCCUCGCCGAGGAAGAGCGCAUGGACGCACUUGAGAACCAACUUAAAGAAGCGCGAUUCUGCGCUGAGGAGGCCGACAAGAAAUACGAUGAGGUUGCCCGUAAAUUGGCCAUGGUUGAAGCUGAUUUGGAAAGAGCUGAGGAGCGCGCCGAAGCAGGAGAAUCCAAAAUUGUAGAACUUGAAGAGGAACUUCGCGUUGUCGGUAACAACUUGAAAUCUCUUGAAGUAUCAGAAGAAAAGGCCAACCAACGUGAGGAGGAGUACAAAAACCAAAUUAAGACCCUCACAACUCGUCUAAAGGAGGCUGAAGCUAGAGCUGAAUUUGCUGAACGUUCCGUUCAGAAAUUACAGAAGGAAGUCGACAGGCUGGAAGACGAGUUGGUCGCCGAGAAGGAGAAAUACAGGGAAAUUGGAGACGAUUUGGACACAGCCUUCGUGGAACUUAUUCUCAAGGAAUAAACUUAUACUUAGCAAAAUCAUCAAACUACUAUUUUAGAAUCUCUACAGGUUCUAUUAGAUUCCAACAAGUGCUCAACGCCAGAUGGGCGCCUUACAUCUAUUUAUGCAGCCCUACAUCAUUGUAUACAUAUGUAUUAUUUAAUUCAGGCGAAUAUAAAUAAUUAUUAUUCAAAACAUGUGCACAUAUUAAAUUUAAAGAAUCAUUUUAUGUUUCUUACGCUAUGUAAAAUAAAUUAAUUUUAUUGAUGUACUUUCUCACACAUACAUUUGUAUAUGUAAUAUGUAAUUACAAUUUAUUUAAAUUA